AUUUGGACUUGGGAAAGAUACAGAAAAAGAGAUAGAAAGGGGAGGUAGAAAAAAAAAGGAAGAGAAGUAGGAAGAAUUCAGAAACCCAGCAUACUCUUUUCCCAAUUAACGACACAUGUUGACUUCCUUUCCCUCUCAUCCCAUUUUCAAGCCCUCUAAGCCUCCUUUUCAUUCCUCUUUGCCCCUGUCCCGGUUGCUAGACAGUGACCCGGAAAACCCUGCACCUGCGGUGAUGAUAGCGAGCAGCUCUGGGCCUGGUCUCUGCUGCUCCCAGGUGGUCCUUCUGGGUACUGCCCGUGGGAGAGGUGGGAGAAGAGACCAGCCAUCAGUUGGAGGAUCAGUUUGGGGGAGACACCUGGUGCAGCAGGCUUAGCGGAAAAGGGGAGCACUAAGACCCAGGGACAGUGGAGAAUUGCAGCGAGAAGCUGGUGGAAGAGGAGGAAGGCCCGGCGUCUGAAGCAGGCAAAGGAGGAGGCCCAGAUGGAGGUGGAGCAUUACCGUCGAGAGCGAGAGCAGGAAUUCCAGAGCAAGCAGCAGGCGGCCAUGGGCUCCCAGGGGAACCUCUCAGCUGAGGUGGAGCAGGCUACGAGACGCCAGGUACAGGGCAUGCAGAGCUCCCAGCAGAGAAACCGUGAACGCGUCCUGGCCCAACUUCUUGGCAUGGUCUGUGACGUCAGGCCCCAGGUCCACCCCAACUACCGGAUUGCUGCCUAGAAUUCACCAUAGGACCUGACUGUUCCCUUCCAGUUCCCUUCCUCAAAGAAACCCCCCAAACAAAAUUACCACCUGCCAUCUUCACUGCUUCUUUCCUAUUUUCUCUCCUUUCCAUUCCCUAGAAAUUCUAGGGGCAAGAUCCAAUAACUCUGUGAAAAGUACCCUGCUCAGAUCUGAGUCUCCUUACUGUUCUUUAACCUUCGCUGGGACCUUGUAAACUCCCAAGUCACUCUCACCGAAACCCUCUGUGAAAUUUGUAGCAUGGAUAAGUAGGGAUGUGGAAAAAACACUGACUUCAGAGCCUGGAAGCCUUGGGUUCCUUUCCCAACCCUGCCACUUUCUGGCUGUGCACCUAGGACAGCUACUUAAUCUGUAGUCCAGUGUCCUCCUUUGCAAGACUGGCAUGAUGCUGAUGGUGAUAAUAACAAUAAUACCUACCUUACGGGACUGCUGCAAUGAUUAGGAAUCACUCUGUAAAGAGCCUAGCAUGGUUUUUGGCAUGUAGUUGCUGUGAUUCCAUAAAUGUCCACCCUAUGAUAUUAUUACCACCCGUUGCCCACCGUCAAAACCAAAACACAACUGUUUCCUCACAUUUGUCAAUGGCUGUCUAAAUCACUCACUCAUUCUGUGAACCUAGUAAUUUUUCUGAAGAAUUGGUUCUUCCCACCUCUCUUUUCCCAGAGACUUUAUGGUCCCUGAAAAGGAAAUGAAGACCUCGUUUAGCCUCUCUACUGUGGUUCCAGGAAGAUGUUGCAUUUUGUAGUCUCUCUUUUUGUCUCUAAAUUGGUCUUUCUUUUUAUUGGAUUUUUCCCUUUCCUUUUCCGAUUUCCCCAAAGACCCAUCAGAUGCUCACUGCUUCCUGAGAUGUAAAGUGAUGCUGUGUUCCUUUGUAUGCAUGGCCUCCCUUUCUACAUCCUUAACAUCCUUUCCUUUGUAACAAUAAGAAAGUGUCAAUAAUAAUAAUAAAAAUAAAACCUUUGGGCAAAUCA